CGUUUAGGCCGGCCCUCCGCCGCCCGCCGCCAGGAUUAGACAAUGUAACCCGGACGGCAUUCCGGCCAAAAAUACCCUCUCGGGCCACGACGCCAGCGCCAUCUACAAAGUAUAAAAUUAUCCGCCCUGAGUGAAUUCGUAGUCACUUCAGGUCUGCCUUUUGCCCCGUUGACGUGGUGUGCUAGAGGCUAAGUCACAAUGGCUGCGGAUCUCAGUGCUCGCGACGUUGAGAGGGCGAAAUUCGCCUUCUCAAUCUAUGACUUUGAGGGUAAGGGCACCAUGGACGCCUUCUACGUCGGCGACUGCCUGCGCGCCCUCAACCUGAACCCCACCCUGGCCGUCAUAGAGAAGGUCGGAGGCAAGACCAAGAAGAAGGAGAAGAUGCUCAAGAUCGACGAUUUCUUGCCCAUUUUCGCUCAGGUCAAGAAGGACAAGGACGCCGGCUCCUUCGAGGACUUCAUGGAGGUGCUGAAGCUGUACGACAAGAGUGAGAACGGCACCAUGCUCUUCGCUGAGCUUGAGCACAUUCUUCUUUCCCUCGGUGAGCGCCUGGAAAAGUCUGAACUGGAGCCCGUGCUGAAGGACUGCUGCGACGAGGAGGACGAAGAUGGCUUCAUUCCCUAUGAACCUUUCCUUCAGAAACUCUGCAAAGAUGUCAAGUAAACGCCUAAAGUAUCUAUGCGUAAGUAAAUGAAUAUUCCAUCCGUGUGUGAUGUUCCCUCCCUCCCGACUCCCCAAAACCACCUCCCAGCUCGGCAUUAUACCCUCCCUUCCUCCCUCCCUCCCUCCAAGUAGAUCCCCCACCGCCCUCAUUGCCUGGACAAAAUAAGGGUCAAAAUAGGAUGUUUUUGCAAGCCUGAACGAGAACAAGUUGAUCAUAGUGUAGUCUAUUUUUUUUUACUAUAAUUAGGUACCCAGUUGUACAUAAUCAUAGUAUCGUGUUGACCUAUAUUUUUUUCUCUCUUUCUUAUGAGUAUUGUUGUUGUUAUCAAUGAUCCUACAGGACAGCUGGCUUGCUUCUUGUGGAGCUGACUACAGUUUUUGUCUUGAGAAAUUUUCCAUAUAUAUUAGAAAGCAUGUCCCCUGCUCGCUCACUCCUUGUCUCUUUAUUCUCCCUCCCUUCCCUCCAUUUGCGCGCCAUCCCCACCCACCUCUCUCUCUCCCUCAAAGAGUAACGCGACAAAAACCAAGUUCUUAGAUUGCCUACCCUAAAGGUUAAGCACCGCCGCACCCCAAGGCCCAUCAAUCAGGGGUCGAGAGGUGGAGAUGGAAACAAUUGAUUGGUUGAGCUGCUACGGUCGGACCAAUGGCAGCGCGAGGCUCCUAAGGAAAUAUUGAGGUCCAUCAGUGAAUAUUCUUUGAAACACUGAGACAGAAGAUUAAAAGCAACAAGAUGCUCACAUGGUUUUGAUUCCUGAGCAUUGGCUUCGCAGCACUAAAAAACAUAAAAGAGAAAUUAAAGAUAAAAUGAUAACUUGCAUGAAUGAUAAAGAAUGAUCUAGGCCACUAUAUUAUGUGGCUAUUGUUUCCAGUAAUUCAAUACCAAUAUUAUUUUCAUUUUGAUGCUUUAAGCUCCUGAUAAUGCAAACUGUAAACUACUCAUAUUCAUAUUAUUCAUAUUAUCAUUAUUAUUAUUAUUAUUAUUAUUAUUAUUAUUAUCA